UCCCCCCUCCUCCCCUUCCUCCUCUGCCCUCCCGCCUGGCCAGUAGACCCCACCCCGUGGGGCCCGUGGAGCAGAAGCUACAGUCACUUCCUGAAGGCAGCAGCCCUGGCUCAGGUCCCACUUGCCCUGUGGCCCGUCACCCGCCUGCAGCCAUGGGGAGUCAUCAGGACUUUCGGAGCCUUCAAGCAAAGUUCCAGGCCUCUCAGCCCGAGACCGGCAAACUCCCCCAAAUAUCCCCAAAGCCCGAGUUCAACAAACUCCUCAAAAAGUUUCCACAGCCUGAGCUAGGCGAGCAUCCCAAGAAGCACCCCCAGCCCGAGUUCACUGAUCUGCCCAAGAAGCCCUGCAAACUUGAGUUCAGUGAACUCUCCAAGAAGGUCCCACAGCUCAAGGCCACUCCAUUCCCCAGGAAGCCCCUGCAGCCCGAGCUCAGCCACGCCCCAAGGCCCCCCACAGGGCCCAAGUUCGGUGCAUUCCCCAGGAAGUCCCAGCAGCCUGAGUCCAAUGAGGCCACCCUGAAGCCCCCCCAGCCCAAGUUCAGUACCGUUCCCGAGAAGCCCCUGCAGCUUGGGGUCAGUGGUCUCCCUGAGAAGUCCCUGCCGCAGCCCGAGUCCACUGAGGUCCCCCCAAUGCCCCCUUCAAAGCCCGAGUCCAGUGAGCCCCAGCCUCACUCCUCACAGCCCAACUUCAGUACAGUCCCCGGAAAGAUGCCACAGCCUCCGCUGAGUGACCUCCCCGAGAAGCCCCCACGGCCCGAGUGUGGUGACCUCCCCAGGACGUCCUCGGGGCCCGAGUGCAGCCUGCUCCCCAAGGAGUUUCUGCAGCCCGAGUGGCGGGGGCCGCCCUGCAAGUCCUCGCAGCCCGAGCCCAGAUCUCUGCCCAGGAAGCGCCCGCAGGCUGAGUUCCUCGGUGACCUCCCUAGAAAGCCUCCACUCCCUGGCUCCCGUUCAGAGAGCUCACUGCCCACUGCCGUUGCAGCCUCCAGCCCUAGGUUCCCACUCAGCCCAGGGUUUGGAGCCAGGCAGCAGAGAUCUGGAGCCCUCGCUCGCGGUGGAGGCUCGAGGCUGGGCCUCAAACCUGGCCACCCACCCCGGCGGAGGCCUCUCCCCCCAGUCAGCAGCCUGGGCGCCCCUCCAGCCAAGCCCCCACUGCCCCCAGGCCCCAGGGACGUCCAGAGAUUUCGAAGGACCUUGGCAGCAAGCACAGCUCUGCCGAGGAGCUCUUCUGCCGGCUUCCUGGCUCGACAGCCUGAAGACACCCCACAGGACCCAGAUGAGGCCUACGAGCUGUACGAGGACAUGGAGCCCACAGACGACUCCAGACCCAGCCCCAAGGGCAGAGAUGAAGUGCUGUCUACCCAGCAACCCCCCAGGAGGCCACCACAAGACCAAGAGCCCAGGAAGGAGAAGGGCCCCCAGCCACAGCAGUUGCCGCCCACGGACCUGAAGUCUCUGAAGCAGAUCCGGAAGGCAGAGAAAGCUGAGCGGGAGUUCCGGAAGAAGUUCAAGUUUGAGGGGGAGAUUGUGAUUCAGACAAGGAUGAUGAUUGACCCCAACGCCAAGACCCGUCGCGGGGGUGGCAAGCACCUGGCGGUUCGGCGUGGGGAGAUCCUGGAGGUGAUCGAGUUCACCAGCAAGGAGGAGAUGCUGUGCCGGGACACCAAGGGCAAGUAUGGCUACGUACCCAGAACAGCUCUACUGCCCCUGGAAACAGAGGUGUAUGACGACGUCGGUUCCUGGGAUCCUCUGGAUAACCAACCAUUCCCCGGGGGACGAUAAGGCCUACAGGGGUGGGGACCCAGGACAACCCACCAAUCCAGCCACCUCUUAACCGAAGGAGCCCUGGAUCCCAGUUUGGCCGUCACAGAGCUGCCCAGGCUCCUGUCUGACCACGGACACAGACCACAUAAAGCCCCUCUUUUAAAGCAAUUCCUGCUUCUUGUCUUGUCUUUCCCUCCUGAUGGGCACCACACAGUGGAGCCAUGAUCAGACACCUGGGAGAAUCUGUGGGGUCACCCCCCUUCUCCAAGGUCGCACCCCUCAAGGAUAUAGGCCAGAAAGGAGAAAAGUAGGGCAGGAGAAGGUAGCAAGGGAGCUGGCACCUUGCUAGACUUAGAGGUGGGAGUCCCCGUGAUGGUACCCCGUGUCAGCCACCAGCCAGAGUGAAGACCCUCCACAUCCAACGUGACAAGCAGCAGCGGCAGCUUCUCACAGGCUACACAGCCCAAGUGGACUUACGUAUGAGAUCACAUCUUGGGGGGAAUGUGACCCAGUUCUGAUAAGAGUCCAGGUAUCAAGUUCAGCCUAAACCUCUGACAGGACAAAAUAUGCUCAGAAACUCUCACCCUACUUGGUCUGUUUUAGCAAAGAAAAGCUGCUAUGGACUGAACAUUUGUGUCCUUGCUGCCAAAAACAAUUCCUGCGUUGAAAACCUAACCCUCAACGUGAUGGUACUAGGAGGUGGGGCCUU